AUCAAACACUAACUCACACACGCUUGUCGCUCCUCGGUUCGCUCAGUGAGACGCGGGGGAAGAGACGCCGACUCAGAAGUCAACGAUGUUGGGUCGGGGAUCAUUGUCUGUGGUUGUGCUCGCUGUGGCUGUUGGAGUUUACCUGCUGCCUUCACCCAUAGACCCCAGACCACACGUACUGAAGGGGCCUCCUCCGGCCCUCGAGGGGCCACUGGCUGUCAACACCCAUCUGCAGAAGGGUCGGCGACUGUUCACCGGUAAACUACACGGACCAGAAUCCUUCACUGCUGAUGAGAACGAUAAUGUGUACACAGGAACAGUGGACGGGAAGCUGUGGAGGAUCGGUCCUGAUGACAGUCUCACCCUCAUCACACAGAUGGGACAGAAUCUACCAGAAUGUGGCAGCAGUACAGACUAUGAGCCUGUCUGUGGUCGUCCUCAUGGUGUUCGCCUGGAUCGUCACGGUCAGUUGAUCGUUGCUGACUCUUACUUUGGGCUGCACAGCGUCGACCCAAACACUGGAGAAAAGACUCUGCUGCUGCCUAACUCACAGGGUGCUGACGGCGUCCCCUUUGCCUUUCUGAACGGCCUCGAGAUUUCUUCCCAAACUGGGAUCAUUUAUUUCACAGACUCUUCCAGUCGCUGGGGACGCAGACACGUCAAACUGGAGGUGAUCGAGCUGAACAGUCUCGGUCGUCUCCUCUCCUACGACCCUCAGACAGGAAGUGUGAAGGUCCUGCUGGACUCUCUCUACAUGCCCAACGGCAUCGUCCUGUCGCCCGACGAGGACUUCCUGCUGCUGGCUGAGACCAGCAUCGGACGCAUACUGAGAUAUUGGUUAAAGGGCCCGAAGGCUGGCGCCAAGGAGAUCGUCAUGGACAACAUGAUCGGUUACCCUGACAACAUCCGCCUCAGCGACCAUGGAACAUUCCUGGUUGGCAUAACGACGCCACGGUUCCGGAAACUCAUGCCUCCAUUCUUGGAUAUGAUCGCCCCGUACCCUGCUGUCAAACGCUUCCUGGCCAAGGUGAUUCCUCUGAGUUGGUACAACCUCCUGCUGCCGCGCUACGCUCUGGUCCUGGAGCUGGGGCUGAACGGUGAGCUGGUGGGAACACUUCACGACCCUGAAGGCCGCCUGACGUGGGCCAUCAGCGACGUCUUCCAGCACCGAGGGAGGACCUACCUGGGCAGCACCGACCUGCCGUUCCUGCCCGUCCUGGAAGGCUGGGAGAGCUGACGGCAGACUGCAGCUGAGUGAACACAGAACACUAAAUGUAGGCUCAUUCUUUUUUAUUUUUGGACACUUUAAGGUUCUGUGCGUGUCGAGCAGCUACGAGGAAAUUUGUGACGCGUCUGGAUUUGACAUUUUUAAUCAUUUUUAGUCAGCGUUCACAUCUGGAACAACAUGUGGAUGUUGUGGAUUAAUCCGACCAUUUUUAGAAAAAUCUAAUGUCCUCAUUUUAGCACAAAAAGACGUGAAGUGUCCCAAAACACUUCACAUUAUAUUGUUAAACUGUCAGAAGUUUAUCAGAAACUUGUGAUAAAUUGGCUCACAAGCUGUUAUUGGACUGGACGUCUGCACACGAGCAGCAGAGGAGACACUGACUGAACCCAUCAACUUUCCUUACAACAGGAAUAAAACUUAAAACUUUAACAGAGACACUUAAUGAUACCUACAUUCUUCCCACACAUCCUUGAACACACAGGAUCUGUUAGUAGUUCAGUUUUUUUUUGAGCUACUUGGACGAUUAAAUGGACUCUGAAUAGUGAUUCUUCUUGGACACAUUGGCCUAAUUUCAUCUGCUUUUGCCCUGAGGCUGAGAUGCAGCCUUGAUUGUUCAAAAAAAAAAUCGUCUAACUUUCCCCUGAGGAAUUCUAAAUUAACCCUGGAUAUUUUAAUUUUAGACUUUGUGAAAAUUGUAAGAAAGUAAACCACGUGUCAAAAGUUUCAGAACGCCCCACUUUGUCCAGUUUUUAUUGAAAUUUCAGCAUCUUAAGUCCAGUGAAAAACUUUAAAUGGUAUGAAGGUAAAAGGUAAACCGUUAAUAUCAAACUGUCAAGUAUUUGGGCUGCUGGUUGGAAUUUGAAGACGCCUCUUUGGACUGUGACAGGUAUUUUUAAAAAUUAUUUCCUGAUAUUUAAUAGAACAGUUUAUUGAUUAAGAAUUGAGAAAUUAAUCAUUAGUUUCAUCUCUAUUUGCAAAGCACUUGUGCGUUUUGUCUUUCUUCUGUUCUAGUGUCAAAACGGAAACUUGACUGUCUGUUUAAAUAAAGAUUUUCCUUUUCCCGACAGGUGGCUGCAGCAGCUG